CCCCUAGAUCCGCCGUGUGGCCAAAUGGUUAGGAGUGGCCCCGGGUUCAAGCUGUUCACCCUACUACCUACUGGAUGCAUUCUUCAAGUAGUUGCCCACAGUUCAACUCCUUGGCUGCACUUUGUAUAUAGCCAACUGACCUCCCUCCAGCCAGUUGGAGUUUUUAAACACUUCGUCUUCAAAAGCCCUAUUAGGGGAGUUGUCAUUUAAGUCUACGAACAAACACACAUCAGUUGAUGGAUUCAUCGAUUAAUCAAUGUCAUGGUUGGUGCCUUUUAAGGUCGAUCUUUGAAUGGAUUGACUGAUUUUGGCCAAUCGUUUUCUUAUCUAGCUUUCUCAGCAUGAUUUAAUUUCUCUUACUCAGUGAUGUGCGUGAUGGGGUGCAGUAUAAUCGUUUUGCUCGUUUUGGUUGCUGUUUUUAUGUACGAGUACUUAUAUCCAGGAAGUGCAUUACGAUACUGGAUAUGCAAGCAAGGCUCCAUUCCAGGUCACAUGGCUUACUUUAGAUAUAUUCCCUCAAGCCAAAUACAUCAGCGUUGUGAUGUCAGUGGUCUUGAAUUCACUUGGGAUGGACUUCAACAAAAGAUGUCGCCGCAUUUGGAAGGUAUUCUUCCAAUGAAUUCCACAGCGGUACCCGGAAAACACCACUACUAUUUAAAUUGGGAUCGAUGCGCCCAUGGUGGAGCAAACAAGCUGUCUGCUCGAGUUCAAGGAAUUUCUAACAACAAACAGAUUUGUGGGCCGAUUAUUUUCUCUGCAAACUUUAAUUGCUCUGCUGUUUACUACUACCAGGAUGCGCCUCACAAAGGCUGGAAGAUGUAUAAGUCAGUGGAGUAUUAUUCAGAGCUGCAUAAAUAUCUUAAAUGCACACCUGCAGAGGACUUUAAAUAAUUACCGUCAGCUUUGCAAAAACCAAAAAAAUAAGUUUGGUAAAUCAUGCGCAGUUUUUUUUCAAUUAAGUUCAGAAAACAUCAAACCAAAGUUAUCACAACUAUCAAUCAGAACAAAGAUAAGCAUAAUCUUUAACCGACGAGAGCUCGAUUUAAAAACAGGCAACCUGCUUAAAGCGCGGGAAAACGCAGGUAACCAAGUAAUCCGGGAUUAUCCUUGACACUCAGUUGAAAGACCUUCAGAACAAAACAAAUAAUUAUGUAAAGAUGAAACUAAAGAGGAAGAAGAAUAGCUCAGGAUGGAGACUUUUGACGUAGGCUGCAGAUGAACAAUUUGUAAAUAAUAAGGGUAAAUUUUUAAAGAUUAACAGACCGUGUCGUAUACCCUUUAAACGAGAAUUAGUGCUCUAGAGAACAUUUACUUUGCUCUCCGCUGAUUAUAAACAGCUAAGGAAACGAUUAGGACGUAGACUGCGUUUUAAAAUUCUAAAAUGUGACCCUAGCUUUCGAAAAUUGUCUUUAAAUGCCCUGAAAAUUUGACUUCGGACGCCGCUAUGUUUUGAAGACGAGAAGUGGUUAACUUUUGUUAAGUACUUUUUGAUAAUAUAGAUAAGAAUUACACUAUUUAUGGGGCAUACAAUGAAACAUCUCCUUUGAGAUUGGAGCUAAAAUGUGAUUGACCCAUACAUUCCAUGUUAUUUAUCUUUCAAGCCGGUGAUGAUAAUUCGACAAUUCCAUGGAAAAAUAUUUAUGUUCAGGAGUUUAUUUUUUAAUUUUUUUUCCAACUUUCUUGGGUUAGCCAUUAAGAUUUUUGCGAGCAUUGCUACUUUUUAUCAAAGCUGAUAUCGUUGAAGGCCUUGUAUUCCUGAGAAUUUUAUCCUUCAUGAAAUGGUAGAUGAGUUUUGGUAGUGGUCCUUGAGUUUUACAUCUAGUUGGAAACAAAGAAUAUACAAGAGUUCGAUUCGCCCUGGCGUUAGGUAGUGAUUCGAUUCAAGUUGAAGUACUUAGGUAGAUAGCUUUCCUUGACCUUCAGGAUUUCAGGAGACAGUUUUGAUUCUCGGUUCCUUCUGCAUAUCGCAGCUUAAAACUUAAUGUUUUUGCGCUCAAGAACUAGUUCUUAAUGAGAAGAAAUAUUGUUUCCUUCUGCAUUCUGUGAUCUGAUUGACUGGGAUAUUGGUAAUUUUGGUACCUACAUACUUAUACAGCGUGCUUUUUAGAUUUUCGUAGACAGAAAAAACAGUCACGGUAACAUAUGAGUAGAUAGGUGAUACUGAGCGCAGAUUAUGCGCGUUGAUAUUUAAAAGAUCAAGGAGUCUGCCGUUCUUCGUAUGAAACAACCACUUUACUUUGUUUUCUUUCGAAGACUUAUUAAUUUCAUUCAGUGGGAAACGGAAUGUUGUAAGGAAUUUUUUUGAAAACGUGAUAGCUAUGUUCAUCUAUGUCUAAAGCAUCUUGUGAUUAUUCUGUCAUUUCGAGUUUUGAAUAAACCAAUAAAAUCAUACUUUGGUAAUAAA